CAAGUUGACAACAAGUUAACCAAAAAAAAAAAAAAAGAGAGAGAAAAAGAAAACUCAAAGCUCAAAGCUAUUGCUGAUGAUGAAUGAAUUCUGCUACACAUGCUAAUUCCUGUGACUUCUGCUCAACUGUUUUCUCUCUUUUUUCGUUUCUGUCAGCUGACAAAAAAGGGUUUUCCGCUCUGAUUCAGGAGAGUCCAACUGCUUGAGGAGCAAGUUGAGGUUAGUUAAUGGUUGGUUACAGUUAAUGCUCAAGACUCAAGUUGUUGAUUGUGGAAUUUCCUGAAAGUUUUUGCCCUUUCAUUUUAGUUUAUAGCAAGUCAAGUUUAGCAGCUCUUUCUUGAGUGAAGUUGAACCAGUCAAGCUAAUCGAGUUGUUUCCGUUGUUUUCAAGCAAAUCCCAUUUGCAAUUAGUAGUAUUUGAUCAAAGAUGGAAAGAGGAGGUAGUGUUUUGGUGAAAUUCACUUGAUUCUGAUAUGGAAUUUGAGCAGUAGACUGCUGUGGUACUUAAUGACUUGGAGUCUAAAGUAAUAUCCUGAUAAAAUCGUGAGUUUAUCUUGAUUCUGCAAAGGAGGAAUUCCUGCAGAAUUCUGUUUAUCUUGGACUUGAAUGCAUGUGAACGGUUAGCUGUUCGUAUUAUGUUUCCCUGGUGACAUGGAGAUGGAAAAAACUUGUGAAUUCUGUCUGAUCCUAAGACCAAUUGUGUACUGUAAGGCAGAUGCAGCACAUCUUUGCCUGUCCUGUGAUGCCAAGGUUCAUUCAGCUAAUGCUCUUUCCAACCGGCAUACACGCGCCAUUGUUUGUGAGUCGUGCAGAUACCGCCCCUCUUAUGUUCAGUGUUCAGAUCAUCAGAUGUUUAUGUGCCGCCCUUGUGACCGCAACCAACAUGAUCUCUCUUCCCAACACCAGAGAAAAGUGAUGAGUUGUUAUACAGGAUGCCCUUCUGCUAAAGAUUUUGCGGCACUCUGGGGUCUUGACUUGAAUGAAUUGGAUAAUGAUAGUAAAUCUGAAUAUCAAUCUCUUCCCACGUCAAGUGCAGCAGUAAGUACAGGGGUGCUCACUUUCAACAAUUCAAGACAGUCUUGCUCAGUGGCAGGCAUUUCAUCAGUAUUUGAUGUGGCUUCCACCACCAGUAAGUUACCCAAAGUCCGAUCAAGAGGCAAAGGCACUAAGGCUGCUGUCCACAGGAAGAAUAUUUUCCAUGUACUGGAACAGAUUAAUGACUUAAAAAGGCUUCAACUGACUCAGGGAGAUGGAAAAUUUUCUUUUAUGAGAAGCCAAGGGGAAAUUGAUAUGUCUUCAUUUAAGUUCCACGCAAAAAGGAAGAUGCAUGAAAAUCUUGAUCAACAUUUGCAGCAUGCUCUUGAUCUUGGUUCUGAUCUUCACGGCAGUCAUCACGAGAAUCCAACUACUGAACCUUUUCAACUUGCUUUCUCACAGAUGGACGGGGACUCCUUCUGGCAGUGUAAAAGUCCAGUACAGAGUGGCCAGCUUUGGACUCAAAAUAUGCAAGACCUAGGAGUUUGUGAUGAGCUAGGAUGUUCUGAUGAUUUUACCAUGCCUGAUGUGGAUUCAACAUUCAAAAACAUCGAAGAGCUCUUUGGAGGCGAGCAAGAGCUAGCUAGAGCUCUGCUUGAUGACAAUUAUACGACAUGCUCCUCUGUAGAGAAGGAUAUGUCUAUUAAUAAAUCAGACAAUGGUUAUGAACGAUCAGUUGAGGAUGUCUCAGCAUCUUCUUCAGUUUGCAUCUCUUAUUCAGCUAAUGUUGACAAUGAUGUUGGCUCUUCUGACUUCACUACAACCAAGGAACAUCCUUCAAUUAAACCGUCUUAUUCAGCAUUGUCCCUUUCUCUUUCAAAGCUCAGUGCUGAAUGUGUGGACAGUGAACCGUGUUCCAGUUUUAAGAGACAACAACUUUCCAGCAACUUGUCUGAUUUGGAGAAUGCACAAUUAGAAUGUAAAGAAAAUAACAUGACAAGAUAUAAAGAAAAGAAGAAGGCGCGAAGUGUGGACAAGCAAUCUCGGUAUUCACCUCGAAAAGCUAAAUCUGAUGUUAAAAAACUGGUGAGGGAUCAAUUUGUGAAGAUACGUGGAUGUGAAUCUGAUUCUGUGAAUUUUAGUCGGAGCUUCUGAAGAACUAAAUUUUUGCGUGUCCAUUUUCAAGAUGCCCUGACGUUUUACUCUUUGGAAUUCUCAGAGCAACACAAGAAUGUUUGACAUAUUGUUUGAAUUUGCUUGCCUGCAUCCCCGAUAUUUCCGCAAUCUUAAACUUGUAAAGCCUGUAGUUAUGUCCUCACAGAACAUGAUAUAUAUCUAAUAUUUCAGCUUUCCUGUACCCAAUUGUUAUUGCAGUUUACUCCUGCUGCAAAUUAUUUCCUGAAUGAUGUUUGACUUGAUUCCUUGUGUAGAUCAAGAACUAUUAGCCCAUUUGUUAAAGAAAGCAAAUUGUGACAGUACUA